AUAUAUAUAUGUACAGUUCUAUUACAGCGUCAUCGUAUUUCUUCUUAACUGUUUUCAGUUUACUCCGUCCCAUGAUCCAGUGCGAGUACCACAGGUCAAUCAUCCGCAUCAAGAACGGCAUUUCGCAUCCUUAGCGGCUGGGGAACACCCCGCGCGCACCAUUCCUCAACUUCUUCGGUGGGAGGCAGGACGCCGGAGUGGUGAAGUUCUGUUGCUUGUAUCGAGUGCAACUUAUCGUCCGUUUCGACUUGAGGACAGCGAAAUUUACCCUCAGGUGUCAACAAACAACAUGCCACUGGCCCUCUCUCUUGUACGAGUGUUCUUGCUGACAAUGACUGUAGCAGCCUCACCGCUUGGGCGGCUGCAACUUUGCGGCAGCGAGCUGGCGAAUAAACUGGCAGAAAUCUGCUCUGUUCAGGGUUACAACGACCCCUUCAGAAACAGCAUGUACUAUGAAAUAUCGCCCUUAGACAAUGGCGUCCCACUGAUGACACGGUCAAAGAGGGGCGUAGCUGACGAGUGCUGCAAGACUGGUUGCUCGUGGGACACCUUAGAGCUCUACUGCAACCCGCCUCUCCCAACUGCGCAGAGACCUCAUAAUCUGCAAGAAGCAGAAGACCAUUCCAUGAACCACAUCCCACUAGACGACUCGACAGGAUCUGAAGCGCGACCACCGGCUAAAUCGAGAGCGCAGAAGAACGACCUCGUCAGUAAGGGAGACAUGGAAGAUGCAGAAAUACUGGAGAAUAAGAUAGCUCCAGUAAUAGGCACAAUCAACCCGUCGUAUUUUGCAAAUCCUGUGAUCCUUCCGCCGAGAGUGAGGAAAGAAGAGAUGUCAUUACAAGACAGGAAGUGAUGCCGAGCAUUAUAAUGUUCAAUGGACUGUCCGCCAUCUUCGCGAUCAUCAACUGUCACUUAUCAUCAGCACUGUAAUGAUCUAGUCAGUAUUCACCGUACGUAAGCUCAGUGUAUCGUGAUGUCCCCAUAUUUAAAAUGUGUGUUAAUGUGAAGUCCUGAGACUAGAUGAAGUGACAAAAUAUGUUUAGAUGUUGAUAUUUAUUCCAGCUUGAUAUUAUUAUGCAACAAGGAAUAUUAGCCAAUCUAGAUUUUAGCACAAGGAAAUUCCUAAUAUUUUCAGUGUAUCAGUGUAAUUUCUUGUUAAAUAAUAUUGUCAUUAUUUGAAUGGAAAGUUCCCUAUGAAUGAAGUACUUAAUGGGCACGACAGUGUUAUGGAUCUUGUGAUUUACGUCAGUUACUUUAAACCGCAAAAUAUACUUUUUCAUUUAAAAUAUCAAAAUAAGUGUAAUGUUGAAAGUUUGCUUAGCCUAUUGGCACUCUAUAUGCAUAAAUAAGAUAUUUAAAAUUUUCAGUUCUGCUUUACCAUAACUUGAGGGAUAAUACCUGCAGCUCAUGGGGUCAUUUGGACACUUGACACUUUUCGUAACUGAUGCAAAUUUCAAUUUUCAGUAAUAAAUAUUCACUGUCCUCUUGGAAUGUUUGCAUAGAUAUAUUAGGAGACUGUGAGUAAUUUUAAAAUUGUUUAUUUCUUUAACUUCUAUUUGUACUUAAAAAUUACGAGCCAUCGUCAGAAUGCAAUUCCGAUGAGAAGCUGAACAUUGUAGGAGACUUGAAUUUGUACUCUCAGAUGGAACAGUUAGUACUUAAAUUGAAAUACAAACACGUUUAUUAAAAUACAGAAAGUUUAAUCUGUUCGUUACAAAUGUACGUGCGUUCCGCGGAAACUAACAGCGCGCAUAACCUUUCCUUCGAACACAGGAACAACAGUGAGGAAUCGAAA